GCAGUCAUCUGACGGCCGCGCGCUGGCUGCUUGUGGACGUUUCGCGUCUUCUUCGCUUCACCAAGAGCCUCCACGGUCAGCACAGAGCGGGACACCGUCUGUCUGUCUGCCGCAGGAAGAAAACACUUCACCCGUGAGUGGUCUCACCAGCGAGACGGCCCGUGUGGAGGUUUGUGAAGGUCGCUGUGAAAUGUAGCCAACAGCCGCGGCAGCACCAGCGUGAGUGCGGGUCGUUGUAAUCACUCGGUUGCUGCAUGUGGCUCUUCCCAGCGAUGCCAUGAAAACCAGCCGACUGGGAGAGCGCUGCUCCUCGCUAUCACAGUCACGGCGGAGGCGGCGCUGGUGCUCCUGAUGGUGAGAAGCGAUGGGUACUGGUGGAAAGAGCCGCAUUAGGUAGCGUUUACGAAGAACCAAGGAGAGCUGAACGUCUCUGUAGCAGAGUUUAGUCGCCGCCGGAGCUGCGUAAAUGAUGGAUUUCACCCUGCUCCGGAAUAUCAUCAGUAGAUACUGUGUGGGGGAGGAGAUCUGGGUGGACAGUCGGACUGUGUACAUCGGACAUAAAGAACCACCUCCGGGAGCUGAGGCCUACAUCCCUCAGCGUUUCCCCGACAACCGCAUUGUCUCCUCCAAGUACACCUUCUGGAACUUCAUUCCCAAGAACCUGUUUGAGCAGUUCAGAAGAAUCGCUAACUUCUACUUCUUGGUCAUAUUUCUGGUCCAGCUUAUCAUCGACACCCCCACCAGUCCAGUCACCAGCGGCCUGCCCCUCUUCUUUGUUAUCACUGUCACCGCCAUAAAACAGGGCUAUGAGGACUGGCUCAGACACAAAGCAGACUGCUCUGUAAACGAAUGUCUGGUGGAUGUGGUGCAGCAGGGGAAGGUGGUGAGGACACAGAGUCACAAGCUACGGGUCGGGGACAUCGUUAUAGUGAGGGAGGACGAGAUUUUCCCCUGUGACCUCAUCCUACUCUCCUCCAGCCGCCACGAUGGGACCUGCUAUGUCACCACCACCAGCCUGGAUGGGGAGUCGAGUCAUAAGACUUAUUACGCCGUACCAGAUACCAUGGCCUUUAGAACGGAGCAGGAGGUGAAUUUGUUACAUGCCACCAUUGAAUGUGAACAACCGCAGCCUGACCUCUACAAAUUUGUGGGACGCAUCAAUAUUUACAAGGACAGAGAAGAGCCUGUGGCCAGACCACUUGGCGCUGAGAACUUACUCCUCAGAGGAGCCACACUGAAGAACACACAACAUAUUUAUGCUGUUGCAGUCUUCACAGGCAUGGAGACAAAGAUGGCACUUAAUUACCAGUCUAAAUCUCAAAAGCGCUCUGCAGUAGAGAAGUCCAUGAAUGCCUUUCUGAUAGUGUAUCUCUGCAUCUUGAUCAGUAAAGCUGUGAUCAACACUGUCCUGAAAUACGCCUGGCAGUGGUCUCCUGACCGAGAUGAGCCCUGGUACAACCACAGAACUGAGCACGAGCGUCAGCGGCACAUGGUCAUCCGAGCUUUCACUGAUUUCCUCGCCUUCAUGGUCUUAUUUAAUUACAUCAUCCCAGUGUCGAUGUACGUGACGGUGGAGAUGCAGAAAUUCCUCGGCUCCUAUUUCAUCACCUGGGAUGAGGAGAUGUUUGAUGAAGAGCUGGGUGAGGGAGCUCAGGUCAACACGUCCGACCUGAACGAAGAGCUGGGACAGGUGGAGUAUGUGUUCACCGAUAAGACUGGCACUCUGACUGAGAACAACAUGGAGUUUAUUGAAUGCUGUGUUGACGGGAACGUCUACAUCCCACAUGUUAUCUGCAACGGGCAAAUCCUCAGCGCUGCUUCCAGUAUAGACAUGAUUGAUUCCUCACCUGGAGGAUACAGGAGAGAACACGAGGAUCUGUUUUUCCGGGCUCUGUGUCUGUGUCACACGGUCCAGGUGAAGGAGGAAGAGACAGUGGACGGCAUCAAGAGAGGCAUCCAUCAGGGUAGACCCACAUCCUUCUACAUCUCUUCAUCACCUGAUGAAGUGGCUUUAGUGGAAGGAAUGAAGAGGCUGGGUUACACCUAUCUGAGACUGAAAGACAACUACAUGGAGAUCCUCAACAAAGACGAUGAAAUUGAAAGAUUUCAGCUGCUCCAUGUGUUGAACUUUGACUCUGUCAGAAGGAGAAUGAGCGUCAUAGUCAAAGCCAGCUCAGGAGAAUACCUGCUGUUCUGUAAGGGUGCAGAUUCAUCAAUUUUUCCUCGAGUGGUGUCUGGGAAGGUGGAACAAGUAAAAGCGCGAGUAGAGCAGAAUGCUGUAGAGGGGCUGCGGACUCUCUGCGUCGCCUAUCGGAAGCUGUCAGAAUCAGAAUAUGAAGAGGCUUGUCAUCACCUGACUGAAGCCAAGCUGGCCCUGCAGGACAGGGAGCAGAGGCUGGCGCAGGCCUAUGACUUCAUCGAGAGGGACUUUGUGCUUCUGGGCGCCACAGCAGUGGAGGACAGGCUCCAGGAGAAAGCUGCAGAUACCAUCGAGUCCCUGCACAAGGCUGGCAUGAAAGUCUGGGUCCUGACGGGAGACAAGAUGGAGACGGCGGCGGCUACCUGCUACGCUAGCAAACUGUUCCGACGAAGCACUCAGAUCCUGGAGCUGACCAAGAAACGCACAAAGGAGCAGAGUCUCCACGAUGUUCUGUUCGAACUAAACAGGACUGUUCUCAGACAACGCUCCGUUUCUGGGUUGUCCGUAGACUGCCUCGACUUCGGUCUGAUCAUCGACGGAGCCACACUGUCAGCGGUGUUAAAGCCAAACCAGGAGGCUGCUGUCCACGGCAACUACAGAGAGAUCUUCCUGGAGAUCUGUCGCAACUGUAGUGCUGUGCUUUGCUGUCGCAUGGCGCCACUGCAGAAAGCACAGAUUGUGAAGCUGAUUAAAGCUUCGAAGGAGCACCCCAUAACCCUUGCCAUUGGCGAUGGAGCAAAUGAUGUCAGCAUGAUCUUGGAAGCACACGUGGGCAUUGGCAUCAUGGGUAAAGAAGGCCGACAGGCAGCGAGGAACAGUGACUAUGCCAUCCCGAAGUUUAAACACCUGAAAAAGAUCUUGCUUGUUCAUGGCCACUACUACUACAUUCGAAUCGCUGAGCUUGUUCAGUACUUCUUCUACAAGAAUGUAUGUUUCAUCUUUCCUCAGUUCCUGUACCAGUUCUUCUGUGGGUUCUCCCAACAGCCACUGUAUGACACGGCCUACUUGACUUUGUACAACAUCAGCUUCACCUCACUCCCAAUCCUCCUCUACAGUCUGGUUGAGCAGCACGUCACAAUGGAGACGCUCAAGAGAGAGCCCUCCUUGUACAAGGACAUAGCCAAGAACUCCCUCCUCCGCUGGCCGGUCUUCUUGUACUGGACGUGCCUGGGUGUGUUCGAUGCUGUUAUCUUCUUCUUUGGUGCCUACUUCCUGUUUGACAACACCACCUUCACCAGCAAUGGCCAGCUUAUGACCACCAACACACAGAUGAUGUUCGGGAACUGGACCUUCGGGACUCUUGUCUUCACUGUGCUGGUGUUCACUGUUACACUCAAGCUUGCCUUGGACACACACUACUGGACCUGGAUCAAUCACUUUGUCACCUGGGGAUCGCUACUUUUCUACGUUAUUUUCUCUCUUCUCUGGGGAGGCAUCAUUUGGCCUUUCCUGAAUUACCAGAGGAUGUACUACGUUUUCAUGCAGAUGUUGUCCAGUGGUCCAGCUUGGCUCAGUAUCAUCCUACUUAUUACAGUCAGCUUGUUGCCAGAUGUCAUCAAGAAAGUCCUCUGCAGGGCCAUGUGUCCCACACCCACUGAAAAUGCACAGGGUCAUGAGAAUCGUACGCAGGGUGGCGCGGCUGAGUCGACUCCACGUCCCUCUUGUCGGUCCUACAAAGGCACGAGAAUAGACUCCUCUCACCUCCAUCUUGGUGCUGCAGAGACUCUGUCGCUCUGCAGGUCUGAUCCCCUGCCUCAGAAACUGCUGGCCCAUUUGACCGAAGGAGGAGGGUCAGAUUUGUGCUCCCUCAGCCCCUACAUGCUCCGUCUCUCAGGGGCAGGAUUUGCGUACUACGCGCCAGGGCCGGAGACCUCUGUGUGAACAUGAAUGCAAACUCUGAAGUUAUGUGUUUGUGAUUCCUGUCGGCUCAAACACUCAGCACGUAGUACAUCCUAAGAUAUGUGACCAAGAUCUGAGGUUUUUUUUGUUGUUGUUUUUUUUCAAGGAUUGAGGAUUUGAAGAACAAAGUACAAACAUGUUCACAUACAUCAAAAAGCAUGGAGACUCCAUGCUGAGUUCACCAUGUGCAUUUACUGGGAUACACCCGAGUGGUCAACCCUUUACACACUAUUGCCCCUGACCCUUCAUCCUCAAACAUCUUUGUGUUUCAGUGUAGUCCCUGUCUUUAUCUCACCCAAGUUCUUACUCAAACUCUCUCCUGCAAAAAGUCUAAGAGCAAAAAGGGCAACCACAUGUGGAGGUGCAUCACUUCUUGCACUAUGGAACUGUCGAGUCUCAGCAUGUCAACAGUCCUCGUCCUGACUUUCUGUCACACAUUCUUGCCUGUUCCUUCACGAUUGUGUCAUUUCUUUCUUUUCUCUUUAUUUUGUGUUUGCUUUGAAAUGUGCAGUAUGUGGUCCGGCCAAGGGGAAGCCAUCAAGCUCAGCCCUUUAGGUGUGCGUGCGUGCGUGUGAGUGUGUGCAUGUGUGUGUGUGCGUGUAUGUGCAUGAAUUAGCCUGUUCCUGUAUGUUUGUAUGUGACACACCUCUGCCUUACAGGUAACCACACAGCAGCAGGCUAGGAGCCAAAGGAGAAAAGUGUAUUUAAAAAAUAAUAAUAAUAAUAAAUAAAGGAGAAGUGUAUUAGUAAGCCUUACACACAUACAAACACCCAUCAGCUGGAGGAGAGAAGUGAGGAAAAUCUGAAGUGGGAAGUGCAGUAUUCUAGCCACUCUGCCUUAAUUCAUAGAUUUUCAGUGGAUUAUAUUUCUAGGUCAUUUUAACCAUGUUUGUGCAAGUAUGAACAGGUUUCAUGGACAUAUACAGUA